AUGUCAGCCAAUGUUGGUAGGACUUCCCUGGCUUACAGCCGCACAUGGCACCACGUCGAUAUGGGCCACGACCAGCGGGCCUUUGGACGUAUCGCAACACAGAUUGCAAUUACCUUGAUGGGCAAACAUAAGCCUAUUUACGACCCGAGUACGGAUUGCGGGGACUAUGUUGUAGCGACAGGACCUGGUUCCUUGAAGGAGAUCAGCAUGGACAGAAUGAUCGCAAAGUAUGGUGGUGCUGAGGUGCUGCGAAGGGCCGUUUCGGGAAUGUUGCCAAAGAAUCGGUUGAGGAGCGUAAGGUUAGAGAGGCUAAAGGCUUUUGACGGAUUUGGUCACCCGUACAAGAAGAAUUUGGUGAAGUUUCUUGACCCUUCACAUCCUGGGCAUGCCUCUAAGUCCAAGACACCAGUUACGGAUGCUAUUAAAAACUUGUCACAGCCAGAGACAGCAACACCAGCGACUCUAUAA